AUGGGCAGAUGGUUCCAAAGCGGCGGCGACAGCAACGGCGAAGCCGACACCGAGCUCUGCCUCCGGACAGGGGGAACCAGGGGUGAGCACUGCGCACCGCCGGCAUAUGCUGAUGGUUACGGUGCCUUGUCUUCUGCCGCGCCGCUGACCAUCUUCUACGGGGGCCAGAUCAGCGUCUGCUACGUUACAGAAGCCCAGGCGAGAGUCAUCAUUGCGGCCGCUGCCGUCGGCCGAAGGCCGGAUGCCCAGAAGCCGCAGGAGGAGGAUCCCGAAGGAAGGCGCCAGCUCGGCGUCAUCGCCGCCGUCCCGCCGCCCCAGCAGCUCCCAUCUCUUUUCAUGAAGAUGUCUCUGAAGCGGUUCCUCCAGAAGCGUAAGGCUCGGACCGCCGCCGCCGGCUUCACUAGGCCAUCCCCCUACGGCUGCCCUCAGGAGGAUCGCUGCUGCCGGCAGCAACUCCAACUUCACCUGCGGAAGCAGCCUUCCCCUUUGCUGUAG